AUGAUGUUCACCCGCGCCCAGGUGCGCAAGCAGAAGACAAACAGCGCCAGCAGCAGCCAGCGAGCGCGCAGCUCUGGCGGCUCAUCGCGUCUCCAGGGUCAUGAUUUGCGCUAUAAGCCGAGCUCAUCGAGCAGCAGUGGCGCCGGGAGCGGCCUUAGUGGAUCCAGCGCAAGCGGCGUACGGCGUGAUCGUGACCGUGAACGGGAUCGUGACUGUGAUGAUCACUAUAACAAUCACUAUCAUUAUGGCAAGCAGCAUUCCUUUGAGCUACCUCGCCAGCACUCCAAAGAGGAUGCAUACACCCGAGACAGAGACAGAGACAGGGACAGGGACAGAGAUAGAGACAGGGAUAGUGGCGUCGGGGGAGGCAUUGGUGGUACUGGCAGCGGUGGCUACGUAGAUCGUCGCACACGACCGCGCAGCAUUACGAAUCGCCGAGGCGCCAUCAAACACCAGAAAACCCACGAUAUCAAUGGCCAUCGCUUUGUGGCGAAAUUCUUCCGUCAGCCCACGUUCUGUGCGUUCUGCAAUUUGUUUUUGUGGGGCUUUGGCAAGCAGGGCUACCAGUGCAUCAUUUGCCAAACCGUUGUGCACAAGAAAUGCCAUGAGAAGCUGCUCGGCAAGUGUUCCGGCUCCGUCUUCAACUCCGCCAGCACAAUUCUGCUGCGCGAACGCUUCAAGAUCGAUAUGCCGCACAGAUUCAAGCCGCACACGUUUAUGUCGCCCACAUUCUGUGAUCAUUGCGGCUCCUUGAUGGGCGGCUUCUUCAUACAAGGCCUGAAGUGCGAAGAGCCGUACGAGAGCGAAAGCUUGGUUUAG